CUGUACAAGUGUGCAUCUAUCAUUGAAUUUCAAUAUCCCAAAUCUGUUCCCCUGGCUUAAUAUAUUAAUCCCCUGUAGAUGUGACUAAUCAGGAGAAGGUAUUCACUCCACGUGACAUACGGUAACCGAUCAGAAGGUAUGAAAUGAGCUUGAGCAGUCCUCAUCAUGAACAACCUGCCAUCUUUGACUUGGACCUAGAGAUCGACUGUGAGAGUUCUGGUUCCUUGAACACCAGUUUUUAUGACAGUGAGUCAGAGAGCGAGACUAAGAUUGGCAAGAAGUUGAGGUUGAGGGGGGACUCCCCUGUUACGGGAAAGUUCUCGUCUGACUCCGCUCAGAGCGACCUGGAGUCUGAAGAGGAAGCUUUGUCAGAAGAGAAGGAGGAGAGUAGCUCUGAAGAGAAGGAGGAGAGUAGCUCAGACUCGCCUGACAGUUCAUCAGAUGAUAACGAUCCUCCCCCCACCAAGAGGUACAGACUCAGUCCUGACAAGCUUGCUCCAAAACAACACCGAAUAAUCGUCACUCGUAAACGGCUCACUUUCGAACAUCUCAAUCUACUGAAGAGUAGGAAUCUGCUGCCAGACACGCAGGACACUGACAACGACUCUGUGAGUGAGUGUGAGACUACAGUGCAGGAGGAGAGGGAAAUAGAAGAGAAAGAGCUGAAGGAGCAGGAUGAGAAUGAGAAGAAGGCUGUUGAGGCAGAACCAAGCAGGACCCUGCUUCCAGUGGAGGAAGAAAACUCUACGUUUGGUGGCUCCGAGCCAAUUUUCUCCUCUGACCUGCCUAAAGAAGAUAAGCUAGGUGUGUUUGACUCUGACCAGCCUAAAGAAGAUAAGCUAGGUGUUUUUGACCCUGACCAGCCUAAAGAAGAUAAGCUAGGUGUGUUUGACCCUGACCAGCCUAAAGAAGAUAAGCUAGAUGUGUUUGACUGGCAGGACGAGGGCAGGACACCUAACUACUCAGAGCGGAUUCAAGAUUCGCACGCGAGAAUAUACCAUUUUUGUGCAAACUAUGAAGAAAAAAAAUUUCAGCUGCCACAGAAAAAAGUUCCACGGCACAAGAGCCUUUGUUUGAAAUAUAAAGGCAGAUCUAACGUUAACUACAGGCAGAAGAUUAUUGAUAAGCGAAACCAUUUGUUUAAAGGUGCGUUCAAACACAGAAAGCAGUUCAUCUCAUGUGUCAGCUACAGGAAACGGAAAAGGAAACACGCUAAAAGUGAACUUCAAAACACCAUCUUCAAGUCUUCUCCAAAGAAGCGGGAACUUCCAGAAGUUUUAACAUUGAGUCGUCCUGAUGAAUCAGGUGAUACAGAAAAUGCUGGAGGGACUGAUAACAUGUGUAUCCGCUAUAAUACCGUACAAAAGACUAUGGCGGAUAUCUCUGUCAGUGUUGAUGGAUCUCAAAAUACUGCCAUGUCAACAAACGUUACUCAUAACACCAAUGUUUCUAUAUUCAGUACAGCUCCAGUAGCAAAAAUGUCAGAUGAUCAAGCUACACUGAAUGUGGGAACAGAAGAAUCGUUUGUGGAAGGGUUUCUUAUCUCCAAAGAGGGACACUGUUGAGAAAUCAUCUCAAGGUAGUCAGUUCUCUGGCUCGAAGACAGAUGAUGAUGUAUUUAGUGAACAGCUUCAAGCAGCGGGUGAUUCUGGCAAUGCCGAGGAAACAGCACUCUGUCCCGAGAACAUUGGAAAUAACAAUGCUCAACCUACCGAAGAAAUGGAAAUAUCCGAAUCAACCGGAUGCCCUAUGAAGGAAAUACCUAGCUCUGGUACGGAUCAGGGAUCUAGAUCUCAUGUUCUGGAUACAAGGAGAGCGAUUUCCGCACAAUUACCAGAUAAUAGGGUGAUUGUUUAUAAUUCACCAGUAUAUUCAUCAAGCGCUCUUGAUCUCCCUGUUUUGAAGAAUUUAAACCGGAGAUUAAUGUCUGAGUCCUUGUUAAAUAAAUUCCAGAGAAAUAUUGAUAUUCACGAUGAUAGUUUUAAUAUCGAAAUGACAGCAUCGGCUAAACUUACUGAGCUAGGAAUAGGAAGGUCGGGAGCAAACGGGUCUGAUAAAUUAGUGACGUCGGAGAUGAAAACAUUACUGAAGAGGGAAAGUGUGUCCAAGAAAAGUAAAGACGUUUUCGAAUUCUACGAUGAAGGGAAUCCCACACCAGCAAUGUCCUCUAGAAAACGUAGGAAACUGAAACCUCCCUUGAGUGAAGUGAACUCUGUGACAAGUAGCCCCUUUGCUGUCAGUAAUGUAGAUGAUAAUGUUAAGGCUCAGCUAUCAUAUAUAUUUGAUACCACCACACCUGCCAAGAUGAGCCCAGCUUUCAGUCCUCCCAGUAAAGAGACUUCCUUUACUCUAAAUAAUGUCCCAACUAAAGAAAGUAAAGAACAAUCCUCCCAGUCUCUUCUGGAGACAACUGAGAUAGAUACUACUGUUUUGGAGACAACUGAUCUAAAUACUACUCCUCUUCCUGAUAAUUCAUGUACGAUAGUAGACGAUAUAAGACGCAUUUUAAAAGAAAUUCGAGGCGAGAUGCCAGAACAACCACCACCCAAAGUUCAGACGGCAAGAUUCGACCCCUUCGUUCCAGAGGUUGCAAAAGCUCUGAAUAAUUGUAUCUGUGAUCAUAUCAACGUUGGCAUGCUUCUCACGGUAGAGCAAAUCAAGAAGAAAGCGUGGCCUUACCGUAUAGAGUCUAUUCUGCUGUCUCUAAUCGGAGACAGGAAGUUACCUCACUGUAGGUACUGUACUGAUUCAGAGACAACAGGGCUGCAGAGGGGUGUAGCGGAGACGCUCUCUGACUCUUGUUUCCUUUUCAGUUGGGCUUCCGAAUAUAGGGGCAGCAGCUGGGUACACACAAUCCCACUCCUGAAGACGGAACACGUGGAGGCUCUGAAGGGACGUAAUGGUACGGGGUCUUGUUACCCUUGCCUGGGACAGUGUGGUAUUGUGUCCUGUGGGUUCAAGUCCCUGUCUGUAGCUAGUCUCAGGAGACACAUCAAGGAGAGAUGCACUGCUGCUAUCAAAUACUCAUUUUCGACAGUACAAGAAGAAUACGAAACAGGAAGACUGCGUCAGGCGCCGAAUAUCCUGAAAUCCAAGAUAGAAGCCGGGAAACUGAAUAGGGACGUUGUGAAUGAAAGAGGUAGCGUUUGGUCGGACAACUGUAACCUGUCACACUCACUAAACUCAACUAAAGUACAACGUGACUAUAAAGGAAGUAAACAACCCAACCAAAGUUUCCUGAAGCGUGACAAACUGGACAUGUUCGAUAUAAGGAUCUUACAGCUAGUUCAGCUACUCAACACUAAUGACACAGAUCUUCUCAUCGACGUAUUAACUUGCUGUUUCUACAACACACUGUCUUGUGAGAGAUGUUGGAAAAAAGUAGGAAUGAGUGAGUUCCUUCCCAACUCCUGGAAGAGGACAAGUGGUCAGCACUAUGAAUAUUGUACCCGUCCCACUAGACCGACCUCUCACAAAUCAACCUCAACACGUGACCUCACCAGAGACUCCAGGGAGGGGGUUGAGAAACAUUCCGAUGGCAUGUCUGAUAAGGGUGUCUCUAAUAACAUACACUCAAAGCGAGGAAGGAGAUACCCUAAAGCUUCGGUCGCAGACCUAAAAUGUAGAAUAAGGGCUAAAAGAAACCGAUCAUAUCUGGAAAAGGAGGAAAUGAGGAAGAGGAGGGAUAUAAGAGUAAAGACACUUCGCAAAUCUGACAGUGGCCAGGAUAUAACAAAAUUGAAGGUGCGUCCCGAAAAUGCUGGUCCUAAGACAAGAUCUAGAUCUUCUCGAGGUUCUGAGAAUGUUUCGUUUGCAAAACCGAGAUCGUCAUCUCGCGAACCUGUGCCACGCGAACGACCGUCUGGUAAGCAGUCUCAAACACCUCUGAAGCCAAAACGCCUUCAGAAGUCGAAGGAAACAUCCAAAUCGGCUACAGUUUUGCCCUCGAACACUCCUUCUGAUGCUCAAGGAGAUCACUCAUAUUCAGUUCAGAAAUCAAUGAAGGGCAGUGGUUCAACAAAGAGCAAGAGAGAUAUCCCUGGCCUAGCCGUAAAACCUCAAAGUAGGUCUUCAACCUCUGUUAGCAAACCUAGCUCUGUUUCCAGAGGACAAGUCUGCGUCCCAGUCACAUCCUCUUCUGCCAUAAACUCUCGAACGGUAACCCCUGACUCAGGACACGUGCCCAAUUAUCCCAGUGGAGAGAUCCCUCUUCCAGUCUCUUCUCAGCAUACGUCUCACCCAGAUCAGGUUCCUGGAAUAUUUCCUUUUCCCGACGUCAGCCCAGUCAAGGCAAGAUCAAGUCCAACCAAUACUACUCCGUCCCCAGCUAUCUCCACACCUAUCUCAAGUUCCGCUAUACCUUCAGCUCCACCCUUAACACAGCCUUCCAUAAGCAAUCUACCAAUAUCAGGAUUGGCCUCAUUGACCCGGCUACACUCUCCGCAACCCAGCACGACACAGACCCCAACUAGGAAGGUUGCUAUUCCGAUAUCAACCUUCCUGUCUCCUCGCCUUUCUAAAUUCAAUGGUGUGGUGGUGGGAGGGAAGAUUUCCGUAUCUCUUCACAGCAAAAAACCUGUCUCUGUAAAAACAGUGUCCUCGUUUUCACAGAUGGUAGUAGAUAAGAGUAGACCCGCUACAAUGAAGGUUCCGGUACACAAGAGAGUACCAGUUCCUUACUCUCAAUUUGUCAAGUGUAACACACUUUCAGACUUACAGAGCGUCCUCAAUAGCCCCAAGUUUCUGAACUCUCCAACUUCUUCGACAGCUCCCAAAAUAGAUCCUGUUGCUAGCCCUAUCUUCAUCACUCCGGGAGAUGCUACUUCUAGUAAUACUGUCCCAGUUCUUUCUGAAGCGGCUUAUAAGACUGGCCUUCGAUUGCAUCUUUCCCCCACUGCUGCUGCAGCUCCUUUCAGAUACUCUUCGGAACCAUCUGCAGCUUCCCUGCCUGAUUCCGUCCAUCCCACCACUACUUCAUCUCAAGCAGUUCCACCUGCCCUGUCACAUUAUCCACCUCUUCCUUGUACAUCAGAGAAGCUAAGCCGAGUAUCCGGCAGUAAAAGUCCGGAUUCGCUGCAGAAUAUCAAUAUUAAUGUCACUGACACUCCAGCAGACAUUGUAAGAGAAGAACUGGAUUCAACCACUCCUGACAAUAACCAGCUGACCGUUAAGGGGGAUGUUUCCUUACCUCAAUCAAAUAGUAAUGGCACGGUAGCUGAGACGACCGAAGAAGUGUCUCCCAUGGUGGAUUCUACAAACAACACCAUUACUCCACCUGAUGAUCCAGAUUAUACUCCGGAGUUGAACAACGCUUUGUUCUCUGACCAGAACGAGAGCGUCCGGAGAUCCCAACGGAUCAAGGUUUCUUCCAUACCAGUAGUAACUGAUAAACAUGCUUUACUAUCCAAGGAAAAUGGAAGUGGAGACGAACCCUGUGGUUCGCCUAACAGGACGAGUGAUCAGAGAAAUAUGCUUUUAUCUGGACAACUGUUUUUAAUACAAAUGAUCAACUUGUUGCAGAAGCAAAAAACCUGUUUAAAAGUUAUAAUUUGAUGGCUGGCCAUCACUAAGGAAUAGAAACUCCCUUGCAUAUAACUUAUCAACCAAACUCAAUAAACUUAUUGUUAGCAGAAAUCCUCAGAAUAAAACGCAAACUAAUGUGGACCAAAAUACCUCAUCUGAUUCUAACACUGUGGGUGUGAGUUCCCAGGAGUGUCCGGAGAAAAUUACAUUCUCUGACUUUCCCAGCGUAAGAACAAGAUCCAAAUAUAAUAUCAAGGAUAAUACUAAAAGCAACCAACCUACAGUUCAUAACCAAAGUAACUUGGACUUGAAAGUUUCUGAAUUUGAAAGUACACCUAAAUUAACCAGAACUCAAGUGAACGAAAUAAUGAAGGCCACUGGUACAGUUCCUAUCAGAGAGCAGAAUAUCGUCCCUCCCAACUCUAGUAUACCUUCUGUCGUCCCUGAAACCUCCGUGGUAUCUUCAUCUGAAAAAGCAAACGGUUUAAAUGUUGAAGAGAGAAUGACAAGGAGUGGUCGCAAGUGGACAGUUGCUCACCAACCAUUUGAGGCGGACAGAAAUACAACAUCUGACAGCAGCAUUAUGAAACAUAGUGGUUCUGAGAAGAAAUGCAUCGAAACAGAAACCUCUUCAGAAAGCAAUCCGAAGGGUAAAAACUCUCUAGGUCUCAAAACUGGAACCAUACC